GCCCUUUCUCAUCCUCCCCUCGUUUACACUCCGUCCUCACACCUACCCUUUUAUUUCGUCGACAGCGCAAUUGAUUACAGCAACUUUCACAAUGCAGAGCACGAGGUCAAUCGCCCUCGGGAGGGCCCUCCGGGGUGCUUGCCGGACCUCGUCGCACAUUGCUAGGCGCUUCACCACCCGCACCACCACAGCAACCUCUCUCACCACCGGGCAACAACGACAACAACAAAACCAACAGGCCCUUCACCUCCCCACCCGCCUCCCCCAGACCAAAACCCGAACCCAAACCCGCCCCUACGCCUCCUCCUCCUCCACCCCCCUCCUCACCACCCCCCUCCACAACCUACACCUCACCCACGGCGCCAAGCUCGUCCCCUUCGGCGGCUUCGAGAUGCCAGUCCAAUACGCCGGCCUGAGCGUGAGCGCGUCCCACGCGCUCACCCGCACGCACGCCUCCGUCUUCGACGUCUCGCACAUGGUGCAGCGGCUCUUUACCGGGCCCGGCGCCGCCGCCUUCCUGCAGCGCGUCACGCCGGCCGGGAUCGAGGGGCUCGCGGAGCAUCGGAGCACGUUGGCGGUGUUGCUGAAGGAGGAUGGGUCGGGCGGGAUCGUGGAUGAUGCGAUUGUGACGAGGCUGGGUGGGGGGCGGUUCUAUGUGGUGACGAAUGCGGCGUGUCGGGAGAAGGAUGAUGGGUAUUUUGGGAGGGAGGUGGGGAAGUGGAAUGGGGAGAUGGAGGGGCGGGGUUUGGGGGUUGCCGAGGAGAGGUGGGAUCGGGAGGGGCUGGUGGCGCUGCAGGGCCCGGAGGCGGAGGGGAUUCUGAGGGCGGUGUUGGCCGAGGGGGAGGGGUUGGAGUUGAGGGGGUUGCUGUUUGGGCAGUCGGCGUUUGCGAGGGUCAAGAUGAGCGGCGGUGGGGUUAGUAGUCCCGUGCUGAUCAGCCGGGGCGGGUAUACCGGGGAGGAUGGGUUUGAGAUCUCGAUCGCGGGGGAGGAGGCGGUCGGCGUGACGGAGGCGUUGCUAGAGGCUGGCGGACCGGAGAAGGUGCAGUUCGCGGGCCUAGGUGCGCGCGACAGUCUGCGGCUGGAGGCUGGCAUGUGUCUGUACGGCCACGACCUGGACGAGACCACCACCCCCGUCGAGGCCGCGCUCAGCUGGAUCAUCCCCAAGGAGCGGCGCACGGCCGACGCCGGCUACUACGGCGCUGAGGUGAUAUCGAAACAGCUGGUGGCAAAGAGCAAGGGCGGAUCUGGAGUGGAGCGUCGCCGGAUUGGGUUGAUUGUCGAGGGCGCGCCGGCACGAGAGGGCGCCGAGAUCGUCAGCCGCGCCGAGGAAGGCAAGGAGGCGGUCAAGCUCGGCACUGUCACCAGCGGGUGCCCCAGCCCUACCCUGGGAAAGAACAUUGCCAUGGGUUAUGUCAAGGACGGCUUUCACAAGGCUGGGACCGAGGUCGACGUGCUGGUCCGUGGCCGGCCAAGGAAGGCCGUGGUGGCCAAGAUGCCGUUCGUCCCAACCAAGUACUGGAAGGGGGAUGCUUGAGGGAAAGGGUAGGGGGCCUUGUCGUCUGGGAUGAAUAACGAGAGAAAGGGGAUCAUUCAACACCACAUUUUCGGAAUGGCGCUAGGUUUUCAAGUCAUGAUUCGGCUGGACGGGAUACUUCAACGUUGUGCACGGGUAGCGGUUAUACAAGAGACCCAAUGGGUGGUCUUCGGCGCGGAGCAUACAUAUAUCCAACAGGGCAGUUAGUCACUUCAACAGGCCAUGGUUCGAGGGUUUACCUCAGUUUCACCCAACGAGA